UUUCUAAUAGAACUAAUACACCCAAAGAAAAUAAAAUGAAAAGGACUGAAAAGUAAUGGAUUUGCUAAUAGUACGUUCUGCAUAGAUUCAAUUAUUUCUAUUCUAAUUUUAGAUUCAGUUUCCCUCUUCAAAAUGCUUCUAUAAAUAGUAUGCUGAUUUUUAUUUCUUAUCUGUUCAGGACCGAUAAACUUACCUCGGCGACUUAACUCUGGCUUCUAUUAUGCUCAUUCAGAUGAUAUAACCAUUGCAGCAUUGGAGAAAGUAGUGAGGCAUGCAGUUAAUUCCAAUCUCUCGGAACAGCCAAGCUUCUAUGACACAUUAUGUGGGGAAGGUGGGUCUCACCGUUUAGGUGAUGACAGAUGCUUUGAACCCGAAACAAAUUUGACAGUAUAUUUCUUGAACAGAGACCUGUUUCCUAAUGGUGCAUACCAAGGUCUGUGGGAGGAAAUAAACGUGAAGGAAGCCUGUACGACUAAGGGUUGUUAUAUUCUCCAUAACAACUGGAUUAGUGGAAGGAGGAAGAAGAUGGAACGACAGGUGUUGUCAGGGCUAUGGGAGUACGAUAUUAGCACUAGAAUGUGUCUUCAAAGCUGGCCUAGGACUAUGUUCACAAGUUAUUUUUAAAACGGGAUAGAUUCUUUUCUAUAUUUGAUCAUGGGUAGCUUUGUUUUUCACGUUAUGGAGGAGAAUUCGAAGAAUUAUAUUUUGUCAGAUAUACUUUUACCUACAAAGCUUUGGAUUUAUCACUGGUUAUAUAUGAGAUGAUGCUAAAACAGCCGGCUAAAAAACGGCAAAAUUUGGACUCGUUCGGCGUUAGUCAGUUAAUCCAGGAGAAAGGAAGAGUAGAGGAGACAAUCUCAUUUAGCGUAGGUUCACAUCUAAAGAAUACUACUCUAAGGAUAGUUCAUGCUGGCGGGAGAAUUGCGCUCCAUCAACAUGCAAUUCCUGCAUCUGAAAUGAUUCAAAGAUAUCUUGGAAUGUGUAUAGUGCGGCCUAAUAUCUUCGAGUGCCCCCAUGAAUCUGUUUUAUCUGCUGAAGAUAUGUUGUUGCCGGGCAACAAAUACAUUAUCAUUCGGUCUACAACUGUAGAGAAAUUGAAACACAGACACUCGCGGAAGGGAAUGUAAAUCGACAAGUUGAUAGUGAUGAGCCUAUCUUAGAUUUUAAAGAAAUUAAAGAUGUUGGAGAUAAUUAUUCAGAAGAAUCUAUUUGUUCUGCUAUAGACUUCUAUACCUCUGAAGACAAUUGGUCUAUUUGUUUUCUGAAAAAGCGCAUGAAAGAAAAGAAGCCAUUUGUAACCCCAAUCCAGAGGCUAAGAAUGUGGAAGGAAUCCGAUUGGGAGCCGAGUGUAACUUCAAUACAGGAGCUAUCUCCAUGACUAUCCCUGUUCUGGCUUCUUGACGCACUUUUACUCCUACCAUCAUCUGGUCCGUAGAUUUCUCUGUGCUCAUUAUAUCUUUGAGAAAGAGAUUGUUAAGAUUGUCAUCCACUCUUUUUAUGUCCUUUGCAUAGCCUUAAGAAGUCGAUUAAAAGAUCCUAGAACGAGUUGCCUAUGUUCUAUGAAUUGGUAUGUCCAUUUACUAAAAUUUCCUUUUUAAAUUGUAGAUAUUUCCAUAAUAAUUAUCUGCUCGAAAACAUGAAUUCUAAAUCAAUUACACGGUCCUAUGAUCCUAUGUUGGAAUAGGUGCAAUUGUGUUCCA